GCUAAUGAGCUGAGGGGGAGGGGACGCUCCGGUGACCGGCAGCGGUGCCAUCGGUCCCGCGGGGGGCCACCCCGGAGCCACCGAGCCGGUGCCACCGAGGCGGUGCCACCAUGCCGGGGCUGCAGGGGGCCACGCUGGUGGAGCUGCCGCGGAAGCUGCACCGCUCGCUGGUGACCCGGCGGGAGCUGCAGGGCCGGGCCACCGACAUCUCCGAGUCCGUGGUGCACACGGCGGUCAUGGGGCUGCUGCUGGUCACCGGCGAGACCCACCACACGCUGCUGCUGGGCUCGGGCCACGUCGGCCUCAGGAAUUUGGGCAACACGUGCUUCAUGAACGCGGUGCUGCAGUGCCUGAGCAGCACCAAACCGCUGCGCGACUACUGCCUGCGCCGGGACUUCCAGCAGGAGCAGCCCCCCGGCCCCCGCGCCCCCCAGGAGCUCACCGAAGCCUUCGCCGAUGUCAUCGCCGCCCUCUGGCACCCCGACUCCUCCGAGGCCGUCAACCCCGGGCGCUUCAAGGCCGUGUUCCAAAAAUACGUGCCCUCCUUCACGGGUUACAGCCAGCAGGACGCGCAGGAAUUCCUCAAGUUCUUCAUGGACCGGCUGCACGUGGAGAUUAACAGGAAGGGCCGGCGCACCCCCAGCAUCCUGUCGGACACACGGAGACCCCCGGCCCUGGAGGACCCCGAAACGCUCAGCGACGACGAGCGCGCCAACCAGAUGUGGAAGCGCUACCUGGAGAGGGAGGACAGCAAGAUCGUGGAUCUCUUUGUGGGGCAGCUGAAGAGUUGCCUCAAGUGCCAGGCCUGCGGCUACCGCUCCACCACCUUCGAGGUGUUCUGCGACCUCUCGCUGCCCAUCCCAAAGAAAAGCUUUGCCGGGGGCAAGGUCUCGCUGCACGACUGCUUCAGCCUCUUCACCAAGGAGGAGGAGCUGGACUCAGAGAACGCCCCGGUGUGUGACAAGUGCCGGCAGCGCACGCGCAGCACCAAGAAGUUGACGAUCCAGCGCUUCCCACGCAUCCUGGUGCUCCACCUGAACCGGUUCUCCACCACGCGCUACUCCAUCAAGAAAUGCUCUGUCUUCGUGGACUUCCCUCUGCAGCAGCUCAACCUGCGGGAGUUCGCCAGCGAGAAGGCGGGCAGCCCUGUCUACAGCCUGUACGCGCUGUGCAACCACUCGGGCAGCGUGCACUACGGGCACUACACGGCCUUCUGCCGCGACCCGGCCGGCUGGCGCGUCUACAACGACUCCCGCGUCUCGCCCAUCAGCGAGAACCAGGUGCCGUCCAGCGAGGGCUACGUGCUGUUCUACGAGCUGGAGGAGCCGCCCGGCCGCAGGGCCUGAGAGCCGCGCCCGGAGCCGCCUGCGGGUCGGGCUGCGGGGGAGCCCCCCGUGCCCCGGAGCCCCCCGGGAACCGCCCCCGGAGCCCCCCGGAGCCCCGGGCCCCGCGGAGAGGGGGGUGCGGAGGGAGCGGCCGCAGCCCGCGCGGCCCCGGGGGGUUUUGUGAAUAAAUUUAUUAAAA